AUGGCUUGUGAGGAGCCAACUUUCAGACCUGGUCUCAUUGUCGUGGAUUUUCAGAAUGACUUCUGUCCACCUGACGGAUCCUUGGCCGUUCCUGGAGGCCGUGAUCUUGCCCCAUUGAUCAAUUCACUUAUCUCUUUGCCGGGAUUUGUCAUCAAGAUUGCUACACAAGACUUUCAUCCAGCUAAUCAUAUUUCUUUCGCGACCAACCACCCUCCACCAAACAAUGAACCUUUCGAAAGCUUCAUCGAAUUGAAGAACUGGGUUGUUGGCAGAGAAGAUGAGAAAGUGAAGCAAAGACUUUGGCCUCCUCACUGCGUGCAAGGCACCAAAGGAGCCGCCUUUAGCGAUGAUUUUCAGCAGGAGAGAGUUGACGUUGUUGUUCAGAAGGGUAUGAACGAAAAGAGCGAGAUGUAUUCUGUCUUCGCUGAUGCCUUCGGCAACUUCAAUUGUGAGGGGAGAGGGGUGAGUCAUAAUGUGGUUGACCUCCUCAACGACAAAGCGGUCUCUAGCCUCUUCAUUGUUGGUCUGGCAGGUGAUUACUGCGUCAGAUACACGGCUCUGGACGCUGUGAAGGCAGGAUUUGCUGUCUAUGUUGUUGAAGAAGGCACCAAGUGCGUUGACCUCGAGCAAGGCUGGGCUGACGCUGUUCGAGCUUUCAAACUAUCUGGCGUCAAUGUCGUGCAGGCGGAUGGUCCUGAGAUCAGCAAGGCUCUAUUUUCUCAGGUUCGUGGUGCUCCGGAGCUUGCUCAAUAUCUCUGGACUCUCCCGUUCUGA